UUCUGUGUGAUUGAUUAUUGUUUUCCGUUGUUUUAUUGAACUUUUUGCAUUACACUACAUUAAUUUAAUUGAACAAGCAUUCCUGGGGGUGGGGGAGCUAAAGCAAGAAAUAAAGAACAAAUAAAGAUUAUGGAUUGGCUCAGUUGUAAAAGUUAACCCUUUGUGCGGGGGCAAGAGGGUUUGUUCAGAUGGUAAGCGUCCUCUUAUCUCCAAGCCGAAGGUUAUGGGUUCGAGUAAUCAAGGGAGCUCUGGAGGAAGGGGUAAAUAAUAAUUAAAAAAAAAAAAAACCCCUCUGCGCCUCUAAUCGUUAGACUAAGAAUUCGUUUGAGGCAAGAUUCGAGAACCUCUUUUGAUAUAAUUAAGUUUAAAUAGAAGUAAGUUGUUGCCAACUUUCUUUGACCCCAAGAAACAAAGCCGCAAUUACUUAUCUUCUGCCUAUUCUGGAAUUGGAAAGGGCACGAAAAAGACAAGUGCUUGGGCCCCAAGAAAAUUACACUUAUGAAAAUAGGUAAUACGGUAUUUAAGUUUCAAAAUUGUCCUACAGAGUCGGAAACGUGCCACGUAAUUAUCUGCUUCAUCAACCAUAUGCUAUUAACAGAAAAUAUAUCAUUCUCUUUCCUUCUAAAUAAUUACUUAAUCCCCAAGGAAAAACAUAAAUAUUGACUUUGAUAUUAUUACUGAAAAUAGAUAAGAAUAGCAUCAGCACACGGUGUCAUACAACCAAAAGCACGCCUUUAUUAUUUACAUUUGCCUUUUCUUAAAGAUUUGUGUAAUCCUAGUUUGAGAAGGAAAAGGUUUUGCGGUAGGAGGAAAAAGAUAACUGAACUAUUUACUCGUAUAUUUAAAUAACUAAAAGCUAAAAUAAGGAGUAGAAAACAGACUCUUCCUGAAAACGACAAUCUCUCAUAGCAAAACCAACACUUUUAUCAAUUGGCUUUGACACGUUAUGUCUUCUCACAAUUUUGAAAGGAGAAUGAGAAGAAGGCGUAACGGAUCGAUUUCUAUAGAGGAGACUCUGUCAAUGUGGAAGACUCAUAAGCAAGAGCUUACUGCUACCAUUGAUGGUGGGAGCAAGAAAAGAAAAAGGAAAAAUCCUGCCAAAGGGUCUAAAAAAGGUUGUAUGAAAGGUAAAGGUGGACCUGAAAAUUUAGUGUGUAAAUAUAGAGGUGUUAGGCAAAGAACUUGGGGAAAGUGGGUUGCUGAAAUUAGAGAACCUGUUUAUAAUAGUAAUGAGUAUCAGAGUAAUGGCAAGAGACUUUGGCUUGGUACUUUUUCUACAGCUAUCGAAGCUGCUCGUGUCUAUGACGAGGCUGCUAAGGCGAUGUAUGGCCACAACGCUAUACUUAACUUCCCUGAUUAUUAUUGUGUACAGAAUGUUCAAUUGGCUAAUGACUCAUCGAGUGUUUCUAUUGCGCGAACUACUUCAUUGGAAUCGAGUGAAUCAUCUGUUGAAGACCCAAGAAUUGAACCUGAUUUACAAAUAGAUGAAAAGAUUAUUGUGGAUGAUCGAAGUCUUGGUGAAAGGAACUUAUGUUCUGUUAGUAGAGCUAAUGAGGUUGAAUGCCCUGUGAACGAUUCUAUGGACGAUAUAAAAGGUUUUAAUUGUAGCUCGAGAAUUGAUCCAGAGCCAAUUCUCGAGCCCACAAGUUCUUGUGUUGAAGUUGAGACACCCUCGGAGAAUGAAUUCGUGCAACAUAGAGAUUUGGAGCGCCUAGAUCACGUGAACAAAGGGUCAAAUAAUUUUCACAUAUUACACCAAGAAGAUACUGAAGUGAAGUCAAACGACAGCAUGUUUCACAAGGAUGUUUUGAGACCAAAUCAGAAUUAUAACUUUGUUGAUCAAGUAUUGCUGCCUUGUCCUCCCAUUACACCACAGGUCUAUGAUUACUCAGCGAAUACAUUACGAGAACAACCAUUGGAUUUCAGGUCAUCCGAAAAUAUGAGUGCAGAUUUUCGUUGUCAUCAAGAUGCCUUGGAGUCCUUAUUAAUGGAAGACAAUAACACAACUGAAGCAACAGCUAUAUUGAACGGGAAUAUCGAAGAAAGUUACCUGUUUCAGGCUUUCAGAGAUGAAUUAUUUGAUGUAAACAAUUUGAAGAAUGAGAAGCAGUCUGAUUAUUACAACUACAACCAACAAGUCAAUCUGCUGAAACCUCAGACAAAUGUUGCAGUUCAUUCAGAUGGAGUUAUAAACAAGGAGGAAGACUCCAAUAUCAAGGAGCCUUACAUCAAUGUUGCAGGACUUGAGGACUAUGGAACAGGGUUAGUAUGGAAGAUUUGUACAAUUUGAGUUCUGAUUUUGAUAUCUCAAGCUUUUUAGAUGAUAUUUUUUAAGGUCCAAAAAGUGACGGAUACUUUUAGGCAUUGUUGCUGUCCAAACUAGCUAUAGGAAGUUUAUAGGUUAGGAUUCAUACUUCUAUAGGAGAGGAACAACAUUGUGUGCUAGAACUAUAUCUCUUUGAAUAUGCAUUUAGUCCAUAGAAAGAUAGAUACAUGUUAUGCAAA